UAGAGCACGUAUUAAACAUCGCAAAGCCGCAUAUUGUUUUCGUAUCUCAACGCACCGAAAAUCUCUUCGCUAAGAUCCUACCGAAAUUAUCCUGGAAAAUGGAAUUAAUACAGUUGGACGAUCAACCACUCACAACAAAUGUCCAUACGUUAACAAAUAUCUUGAAUAAUAAACCGGAUGUAGACUACAUGAGAUACAAGGCUACAGAUAUCGAUGAUCCCAGUCGGCAUCCAUUGGUUAUUCUCGGUUCGAGUGGCACCACGGGGUUACCGAAAGGAGUGACGCUGUCUCAUAAAAAUGUAAUGGCAUAUUUGCCAGAAAUGAGCAAAUCCGAAUACAUGGACACAAGAA